UCCUGCUUCCGGUGACUUCACAACAUUCAACAUGUCUGCCGCCAUAGCUUCCCUCGCUUCGUACGGGAGCGAUUCCGACUCCGAAAACGAGUCAGAAUCUAAUACCAGUAUCAAGAAAGUUGAUCCGGAUGAUCCGGAUGCUACGGCUCACCUUAAACCUCUGCAGUCUGGACCCACAAUGUCUUUAGCUGUUCUUAAUUCUGCCCCGGAGGUCGCUGUUAAGGAGGCUGUUGAGACUGGCAUACACUUGGACCCUUCACUGAAAGAAGUCACUUAUAACCCAACAUAUGAAACGAUGUUUGCCCCUGAGUUUGGGCCGACGAAUCCGUAUAAGUCCCAGCAGAUGUCGGCCCCAAGGAACAUGCUGUCUGGCUAUGCAGAACCUGCUCACGUCAAUGAUUUUAUGUUUGAACAGCAAAGGAGGACUUUCUCUACUUAUGGUUACGCUUUAGAUCCUUCUGUUGACACACACGAAGCUUCCUCUUGUAGCUAUAUUGGUGCUGUGGAAGAGGCUGAAAAAAACAAAGGACUGACUGUCUUUGAAAGUGGUCAGAAGAAGCCAGAGAAACGGAAGAAGGUCAAAGGUGGGGACGCGGGAGAGAUUGACAGCUUCCUGGGGCCGUGGGCGAAAUAUGUGGACGAAAAAGAUGUGGCCAAACCGUCAGAGGAAGAGCAGAAAGAACUCGAUGAGAUCACUGCUAAAAGGCAGAAGAAGGGAAGGAAUGAAGACGAGGCUCCAGGAGAAGAGAAGACCAUUCUUCACGUCAAAGACAUGUAUGACUACCAGGGCAGGUCAUACCUCCAUGUUCCACAGGAUGUGGGCGUCAACUUGCGCUCUGCAGAUGCUCCAGAUAAGUGUUACCUGCCAAAGAAACAGAUUCAUGUCUGGUCUGGACACACCAAGGGUGUCAGUGCUAUCCGAUUAUAUCCCAGGUCUGGUCAUCUUCUGCUCUCCUCUUCCAUGGACUGCAAGAUCAAGCUGUGGGAGGUCUACGGAGAGAGGAGGUGUCUCCGUACAUUUAUUGGUCACAGCAAAGCAGUGCGAGACAUUUGCUUCAACAACAGUGGGACUCAGUUCCUCAGUGCUGCAUACGACCGCUACCUUAAACUGUGGGACUCUGAGACAGGCCAGUGUAUCUCUCGCUUCACAAACAGGAAGGUACCCUACUGCGUCAAGUUCAAUCCGGACGAGGACAAGCAGAAUCUUUUUGUGGCCGGGAUGUCAGAUAAGAAGAUUGUUCAGUGGGACAUCAGGACGAGCGAGGUGGUUCAGGAGUACGAUCGCCACCUGGGUGCUGUGAACACCAUCACCUUUGUUGACGAAAAUCGCCGCUUUGUCAGCACGUCAGAUGAUAAGAGUCUGCGAGUCUGGGAGUGGGACAUCCCUGUGGACUUCAAGUACAUCGCUGAGCCCAGUAUGCACUCCAUGCCAGCUGUGACUCUGUCUCCCAAUGGUAAAUGGCUGGCGUGCCAGUCCAUGGACAACCAGAUUCUUAUCUUUGGAGCCCAGAAUCGCUUCAGACUGAACAAAAAGAAAAUCUUCAAGGGUCACAUGGUGGCCGGCUACGCCUGCCAAGUGGAUUUCUCCCCAGACAUGAGCUAUGUGGUAUCGGGGGAUGCAGAUGGAAAGCUGAACAUUUGGGACUGGAAGACCACCAAGCUCUAUCACAGGAUCAAGGCUCACGACAAAGUCUGCAUCAGUGCUCUGUGGCAUCCGCACGAAACCUCGAAGGUCAUCACCUGCGGCUGGGAUGGACAGAUCAAACUCUGGGACUAACUCUGAUGGCGUCUAAAAUUAUGUGCAGAAGUCAGUGAUUCUUGGACUUUAUUAAAUAGUUUUGAGCGAAAGCCAACAGGCUGGUAUCCAGUCUACUUGUUUAAGUGUAUUUUUGUAUCUUGAAAUAAAAGCUCAAAUAUGUACAUAUUGUGUGUGUACAAGAAUGAGCAUAUUGGAAUCUUUAACAAUGAUAUGGCAAAAGAAAUAUUACAGGGUCAACGACACGUAUUUUUAUUUUUAGUAGUGUUCUGUUCUUUUUUAAAUUUCUUGUUCUACAAAGUGUUUUUAAUCAUCUAAACAUCCUUUUGUGGAAAUAAACAUUCUGCCCAUUUCCUAUUUUAGAAAAUGAAA